GGCAGACCAGGCCGGAUGUUGGAGUCCGAGGGUGGUCUGUUGGAUUCACAGCCGCAGAGGCUGGCAGGAGCGGCUCAGGUUCUGGAAGCCCUGAGAUCUGCACUCUAAAGGAGUUGGCUUCCGUGGGGACCGUGCGCGGUGACCUGCUCCCUGGGGGUACAGAGCAGGGGGGUGAGGAAGCUGACAAGCACCACCUCCGCCAUCAGUGCGGUGGUGCCCUGCGCCCCGACAGGAGGUGGUGAGAAGGGCACUUCCCCUGGGGGCUCCCUCCCCAAACCCCAGCCCCAGUCUAACAUCAGAAAACCCCAGACCAACCCAAACCAGGGACAUUCUGAUAGCCAAAGUCUGCACCUUGUCAGCAGUGCCAAUCAGAAUGACCAGGACAAGGCUGGGGAAUUCACCGGUGGUGAGGAUGUGGCAGAGUGGGGGUGUCAGGGUCACUGUCCUGCCCGGCGAGGGUGGGCUGGGGCCGUGCAGGAGCCUGGGAGGGAGGCUGGCUGCGGGGACAUGAUGAGUGGCAAGUCGGGGUAGAUACGUACUAAGGCUGGUUGCAGAUCUGACAACAGCCUAUCCCCAAAGUCAGUGCACUUCCUGGAGGAACCUGCGUGAUGGCUUGGUUAGCACAGGAGGGAACAGCAGGGCGCUCUGAACAGCUGAGCGUCGUCCCGCUGAGAUCUGAGACAGAAGCACUGUGCUGAGACUCCAGUGUGUCUCUAAGCAGCCACUGCCCUGGAUAAACUCAGUCCCUGGUCGUGCUGGCCGGGGAGGGCCAGGCUGCUUGGCCCCUUCUGUUGGCUUUCCCAAGGCCAGUUUCUGGAAUCCACAAGCAAGCGUCCCAGGCUUGGAGUUAGCUUGUGCUCAGCAGAAUGUGAGAAGGUGUCCUGGGCGGGUCCUGGAGCAGCGAGGGACGUCAGGGGAAACGUGCAGAUCUAACCCACUGCGGUGUGUAGACUCACAACGACACUGGUUCCUUAGCCGUGACAAAUGUGUCCCAGGAAUGUGCCAUGCUGACUUCUCCCCAGGGAAGCUGGGUCAGAGUGUGGGAACUCCCCGAGCCAUCGGUGUGGUUUUCCUGAGAAUCUGGACAUUGUGACACUAAGAUUUUCCUGAAUAGAUGUAGAAAAUUAAAAUAGCCCUGACUCAGUGGGGAGAGCAGACCGUGCUGGACAAGAGCGAGGUCAGGGAGAGGAGACCUGCAGAGCGAGGGGACCCGGGCCCAAGAGAAGAAAGAGUUUCCGGAAGCAGGGAGCCGCCCCUGUGUCCGGCUGGGAGCGCUAAAGACGUGGGCAGAGCAGCGGCCAGAGCUGGUCACACGGAGGUUGCUGCCCAAGAGCGCAGCGGAGUGUGGGGACAGAGCCUGAGUGUGGAGCUGGAGGGAGGCAGGGAGACAGGCGGAGGGGACUGGGGAGCGGCAGCAGGGAGUGGGGUGUGGCUGGAGAGAGCUGGGGACCCGGGGCGGCCUUCUCAGCUUGGGAGACACCUGUGCCCUGCCGUGCCCCCAAGUGAGCACUCCGCUGGGGAAGACGCUGGGAAACCCGGCCAAGCUGAGGAUGGAUGCAGAGGGCAGGGCGGGUCAGACCCUUCAGCAGCAGGGGCCCCUCCCGCGGCUGUUGGGGACCCGGUGCCCAGGCACGAUGGGGGUGAAACUGCAGCUUCUCCUGGGUGGGGGGCAGCCACUCCCUCCCCCGGCUGCCAAUGAGAUUCAACAAGUGCAGGGGCCAGGCACACGGGGGCACCAAGAGGGCCGGCUGUCCCCUUCUCCGUGUCAUCACCAUCGUGGCCGGGCAGGGCCGGGUCCUUACAUCCUUGGUGACUCUGAGCAAGCUCUGGAGGGGGAGGCGGUUCUGUCCCAGGCUCCACUGGGGCAGGCAGGGCCAGAGGGAUUCCUGAUGGAGCCCCAUCCCCACCCAACCCCGGUAGCCUGGCCUCAGCUCUGCCCUGCCGGGACCCGUGCGCUGUGCAGGGUGGUCGCAGUGCAGCUCUGUCCUGGCAGCUCCAGUGCAGUGCAGGCGAUGCCCACUGGGUCCGGCAGGACAGAGCGGGCUGGUCGUGGCUCCAGCCCAAGCAGCUCCCUUCCCGCCAGGGUCAAGGGCUGUGGGGGUCCGGUGUGCACGCCCGGUGGGGAGCGGGACCCCGGGCGGCCGCGCCCUCCCUGCUCUGUGACGCGGCGGCUGGGCUCGCCCGUGGGGCGCACACGGCCCGUCCCUGGCCUCUUGCAGGGCGGACCAUGGCGCGGCUGUGGCUUCUGGCGUCGGCGCUCGGGCGCUGCGUCCCCGCCGGCCGCUCGGGGCCCGCGGCGGGCCGGGGCUGCGUCCGCCGCUUUGCCGCCAGCCCCCGGCCCCGCGCCCGCUUCUACACGGACCCCGUGGAGAUGGUGAAGGACAUCUCCGAUGGGGCGACCGUCAUGGUCGGGGGCUUCGGGCUCUGCGGGAUCCCCGAGAACCUGAUCGCGGCGCUGCUGCGGACGCGCGUGAGGGACCUGCGGGUGAUCAGCAGCAACGUGGGCGUGGACGACUUCGGCCUGGGCCUCCUCCUGGCCACCAAGCAGAUCCGCCGCAUCGUGUGCUCGUACCUGGGCGAGAACGCGCUGUGCGAGCGCCAGUACCUGGCCGGCGAGCUGGAGCUGGAGCUGACGCCGCAGGGCACCCUGGCCGAGCGCAUCCGCGCGGGCGGCGCCGGGGUGCCGGCCUUUUACACGCCCACGGCCUACGGGACGCUGGUGCAGGAAGGGGGCGCCCCCAUCCGCUACUACCCGGACGGCCACUUGGCCAUCCGCAGCCAGCCCCGGGAGGUGAGGGAGUUCGAGGGCCGCCACUACCUGCUGGAGCGCGCGCUCAGGGCCGACUUCGCGCUCGUCAAGGGCUGGAAGGCCGACCGCGCGGGCAACGUGGUCUUCAGGGGCAGCGCCAGGAACUUCAACGCGCCCAUGUGCAAAGCCGCCGACGUGGCGGCCGUGGAGGUGGAAGAGAUCGUGGACGUGGGGGCUUUCCGCCCGGAAGACAUCCACGUGCCCAACAUCUACGUGGACCGCGUGAUCAAGGGCCGCGCGUUCGAGAAGCGGAUCGAGCGCCUGACCGUGCGGCCCGAGGUCGCCGCGGGCGCCUGCGCGGGAGCCAACGCGAGGACGCGCAUCGUCAAGCGCGCAGCCCUGGAGUUCGAGGACGGCAUGUACGCCAGCCUGGGCAUAGGCAUCCCUCUGCUGGCCAGCAACUUCAUCCGCCCGGGCGUCACGGUCCACCUGCACAGCGAGAACGGCAUCCUGGGCCUGGGCCCCUUCCCGACCAGAGGGGAGGCGGAUGCCGACGUCAUCAACGCGGGCAAGCAGACGGUCACCGUGCUGCCCGGCGGCUCUUUCUUCUCCAGCGACGACUCCUUCGCCAUGAUCCGCGGGGGACACAUCCAGCUGACCAUGCUGGGGGCCAUGCAGGUCUCCAAAUACGGGGACCUGGCCAACUGGAUGAUCCCCGGCAAGAAGGUGAAAGGGAAGGGCGGGGCCAUGGAUUUGGUGUCCAGUGACAAGACCAAAGUGGUGGUCACCAUGGAGCACUGCACCAAGGACAAGAGCCCCAAGAUCCUGGACAAGUGCAGCAUGCCGCUGACCGGGAAGCAGUGCGUGGACCGCAUCAUCACUGAGAAGGCCGUGUUCGACGUGCACAAGAAGAGGGGGCUGACGCUCAUCGAGCUCUGGGAGGGCCUGACCGUGACCGACGUCCAGAACAGCACGGGCUGCGCCUUUGCCGUAUCUCCCAACCUCAGGCCCAUGCAGCAGGUGGCCCCCUGACGGGCCCUAGCUGGAGGGUGGGUCCCGGGGAGCCUCCUGGGUGUGCAGGAGAGGGCACUGGGGGCCGCACACACGGGUCGCCUGCGCUGUGACCACGGCCGCAGCAUCUCAGGGGCUCCACCGCCCGACAGACCCUCUUGCAUCCAGAGGACCCUGGCUAGAAUUAAAGACAAAGGGGAAACCCGCGCGCCCUCCC